AUGGAUGAUCCUGCGGCUUUCCGCAAGCUACUCACUGAGUCGGCAGUGUCAGCUCUUCGUCGUGCUGUUCGUACCGCUAUGGAGCUUUGCAAGGAUUCCCCGGGUCCUACGCCCCAGAUUCAAUCCUCAAUGAAUAUCAAGGCAAAAUUGUCUUUAGCUGAGUUCCGGGCUUUGAAAGACAAGUUUGUUCAGAAUUUUCCUGGCGAACUGUUGACUCCAGCUAACACCCCAAGCCUUGCUUUCCUGAUCUUGGUUCGUGAUCAAUGGGACGCUGGUACUUUGGGUUGGAUUCCAUGGCGGGCUCGUGUUACAGAGCAGCAGGAACUUCAAUUUCAAGAGAGCCGCAAACCUAGGAAUGAUAAUCAGCUGAUUCAGAAUUUGUUGUCCAGUGCCGAUCUCAUGGAGCAUGCGGAGGCCACUGUGCCUUCAGGUGGCCCAGUGGAACCGGCUCUCCUCAAGUUCCAGUCGGUUCUUGCAAAUGCUUUGGCAAUGAUUGAAGCAGUUCAUUUGAUUGUGAUCAAGCGGUUUCAUCACAAGUUUGCUGAGUGUGCAUUGCUGGUGCCUAGAGAUGGCUCAUUGCGGCCGCCUACACUCCCUGAAGUGCUUGAUGCUGAUCGCUCAGUGUGGACUGCUGUCAAUGCAUGUAUGCGUGACAACAAUUGGAGCUUGGCUGACACUUUGAAUGAGAUUGCUUUUUGUCGGCAGGAUAUUCAGGCAAGUCUCCAGCCCCGUCUGAAGUUUGCUUCGGUAGGCCAACCAGAUCGUGAGGUGCCUCCCAAAAAGAAGCCCAAGCUGACUGGUAAGGAGAAGCCUGAGGACAACCCACGUCCUAAGGAUGGGAAGAAGACUGAGUCUUUCCAUGCCUCUUGGUUCCGCAAGCAUAAAGGAACCGGUAUUUGCAUCAGAUGGAAUACAAGCAAGUGUGGUGCUGGUGAUGCUUGUCGAUAUCUCCAUGUUUGCCCUGUGCCCAAAGCUGAUGGUACCAUUUGCGCAGGCAAACACACAGCAAAGGAUCACUUUGCUUCGUUGAGGAAGGCCUGGUUGUCUCGCAUCUUGGAUUCCAAGGCUUACAUCUCCAUUGCUCGACAUUUGCAUGAAGGGUCCCUUGGGCCCCCAUUGGAUGAUGAUGCUUUGCAACCUUAUCUUCAGGAUCUGCUGACUGCAUUCAAUGUCGAGGAGCAGCAUCGGGACUCUGAUGUCGGCAUGCUUGAUGAACUCUCCACGGGAGUCCGGCUUGGUGUCUACACGGAGUUGCAUCCAUGCCCCUUGUAUCCACCCAAUCCACCAUUGCCAACUGUGGGGGCUGCAUUGGACGACGAGCUGACUCUGACCCACAGCUUGACACAUCCCUCUCUUCUCAAAGGUGUGAAAAUACUGAAGGAUUCAGAUCCCUUGGGCUUACCUUUGCAGCUUUUCGGUGACUUGUCGUCGCCCAGUGGAUGCGAGAUUCCCUCCAUCGUUCGGUGGCUGAAAAGUCUCGGCAUUUGCAUUGCGCUGCAGUUGUGUGAUGUGGCUUGUGAUGUUUCUUGUCCACUUCGUGUUGCAUAUUCUGAUAGUCAAUUGGGCUCCGCCCAUCAUCGCACUACCGUCUUUCGGGUUCGCGUGCUCGUCUCGGUCAUCGAGGGCGUUUCGGGGUGGGUGUUCCGGCUGGUCGAUGUCUCGAGGCGUCUUGGCUGGUCCCACCCGGUUUUUGGUUCCCUUUGGGAGCUGUGGUUGGUUCCGCUGGACCUGCUGCCGGUCUUUGGUCGUGUCUGCUGA